AUUUUAUAAAUGGAGGGAUAAUAAUAUCAAUAUUUGAUGGCAGAUGAGUACUUCUUAGAAAAUAAUGAAUCUUAUUCGUCAUUUUCACUAGGUGAUAUUUAAUUUUUAGUCAAUUUAAAUGAUAUUGAUGCUCCUAUUUUUCAACCCUCCAAAAUUCAGAAUCCAUAUGUGAGUUUGAUUGGGAAUUAUUGCAUGGCUGGUAUUAUGAUUAUUCAUAGCCUGUUUAGAUUCAUCUAUUAUUUUCAUCAACAAAGUCGAUCCAAUAUUUGUUGCUAUUCGAGUACUUAGAAAUAAAUUAGCAAACUAAUAAUAAGAGAAAAGUAUUGAAUUUGAGAACAUUUUCAAUGGUGAAGAUACAUUUGAAGUUUACUUGAGCAAGCACCAGCAAAUAAGAGAGAAUAUUGAUUGCAUAAGUAACAAAACUCUGAUUGGAGAUGACAUAUAUGUUAAGUUGGAUAAAGGAAAGCUCUUCUAAUUUUUAGAUUAUAAAUACAAUAGCAUUCUUCAGUAUUCAAAAAAAAGUGUGUAUUUUGUAGAUGAUUGCAAUUAGAAAAGAUAAGAUGGUAUAUAAAAUUAUAAUAAACUUAGAAUCCGAGUUACAGAUUUGUACUCUCUUUAGAUAAUAUAUUGGAGAAUAACUAUUUAAAGAGUAUUAGGCCACUAAAAAAAUUGUUGUAGCCAAUUAGACAUCAACAGUGGAAUUUCAAAAAGAUCAAAAUGGAAGUAAACAAGAAUAAAACAAAGAGGUAAACACAACAAAGCAAAUCAAUAGGACCUCGAAGAAGACAAAUAAUUAAUAAGAUUAACAAUCAUUAUAGGCUCGAAAGUGGUGUGGGAAUAUGGAUAAAUUCUUAAUAAAAAUUCCCUAAUCAGAAUAAAAGAAAUGA